GACAGUCCAUCCGGUUGUCGAGUAGGGGGACUGAUCUGACUUGGGGAAAGCUUUUGAAAAAUGUGGAUAAAAAUUCUAAAUGCAUGAAUUUGGCUUGCUCGGUAGUUUGUCCACCUGCCAGCCUCACGUGAAUGACGCCAGAAACGCAUCUAGAUCGAUAGAAGAGGCCCAGUAGAGCCAGUGUAAACUGCCUGGUCCCUCCCCACAGGACCCCUCCUGGACCCCCAGCCAUGAACAAGCAGCCCAGUAAAGAGAGUCUGAAGGACAAGGUCAAGGGGAUAUUUGGUUUGGGAUCCCCUCGACCCCCCAGCAAGCAGACAGACAGCAAGCCCUCAGAGUUCAUCAUCACGCUAGAUAUACUUAAGGAGCUGCACCCUGACUGUGGCCUUAGCAACAGAAUCCGGGUUGCUAACCAUGUCUGUGACCUGGCCAAGGCCAAGAAGUUUGAGGAGCAUGCAGUGGAAGCAGUAUGGAAGGCGGUGGAGGAUAUGCUGACUCCAGAACAGCCACCUGAAGCUAGACAUGCUGUCCUGCUGCUCCUCAGAGCUAUCAUACAGGGACAGGGUGAGCGUCUGGGUCCUCUGCGGGCCUUCUUCUUCAAGGUGAUCAGAGACUACCAGCCGUCCAAUGAGGACCUGUCUGACAGGCUGGAGGUGUUCAAGGCCCUGACGGAGAACGGGAAGGACAUCACUUACCUGGAGGAGGACAUAGCUGGGUUUGUCCUGCUGUGGAUGGACAUUGGUCUGACCGCUGACUUCCUCCACGUCCUGGUCAACCUGGUCAAGUUCAACAGCUGCUACCUCGACCAGAACAUAUCUGUCAUGGUCCAGAAGAUCUGUCUGCUGUGUAACAGGACAACAGCUUCUACAGACAUAGAGGUGUCUCUACAGGUGCUGGAUGCGGUGGUGUGUUAUAACUGCCUCCCCUCUGACUCCCUCACCGUCUUCAUCAUCACUCUCUGUCGCACCGUCAACGUCAAGGAGUUCUGUGAGUCCUGCUGGAAGUUGAUGAGGAAGGUGUUGGGGACUCAUCUGGGCCAUAGUGCCAUAUACACCAUGUGCCGUAUCAUGGAGGAGAGGGCGUAUAUGGAGGAUUCUCUGCUGCUGAGAGGAGCAGUGUUCUUCGUAGGGAUGGCUCUAUGGGGAGCGCACCGUCUCCCAGCCUUAAAGAACACCCCUACCCUGGUCCUCCCAUCAUUCUAUAAGGCGAUGUGGUGUGCCAACGAGAUGGUGUCGUAUGAGAUCGUUCUGUCCAUCACCAGACUGAUAAAGAAGUAUGGCAAGGAGCUCCAGGUGGUCACAUGGGACAUACUGCUGGGGAUCAUAGAGAGGUUACUACAGCAGAUUCAGUCGAUAGGCAGUGCAGAGCUGAAGUCCAUAGUGUAUGAGUUGCUGACUACAGUGGAGGAGCUCUAUGAGCAGAACGGCUUCCAUGGAUCAUCUGACAAGUUCUUCAGUCUGGUGGAGAAGUGUGCUGACAAAAGACCUGAUGCGUCGGUGCUGACUCUGAUAUCGUACCGGGCCCAGUCCAUCCAGCCAGCUAAAGACGGGUGGAUCCAGAGUCUACACCGCCUCAUGGAGAAGUUCUUCAGGAAUGAGAGUCGUAGUGUGAUCAGGAUCAAAGUGCUUCACAUCCUCUCCUUUGUCCUCAGCACCAACCGCCAGCUCUACGAGGAGGAGCUGAUAGAGGUGGUGGUGGUUCCUCAGCUCAGUGGGAUAGCAGAGGACAGAGACCUGGCUGUGAGGAGACAGGCUACCCAGCUACUGGUGGAUCUGGCUGAAAGCUGUACUACACACCACUUCACCAGCCUCCUGGACAUCAUCCAGAGGGUGGCGAGUCGUUCGCUGGUGUGCCCAGGGCCCCUGGAGGUGUCGGAGAGAGACCCCACGGCAGAAUCCUCCAUGGAGGACGUCAGGACUGCUAUACGAGGCCUACUGGAGAUACUGCAGAGUAAGCUGUACAGCCUGCCAGCCAGCCACGCUAGUCGAGUGUACGAGCUGCUGAUCGGACACCUGCAGCUGCACUACAAGAACAAGUACAGCUCCGCUGUGGCCUGCAGCAUACGACUACAGGUGUUUGACUUCCUCCUGAUGAUGAGAACAGACUCCCUCCAUCGUCUGGGGGUUCUUAGUAAAGACGGGGUGCUGAGGUUCAGUCCGUACUGCCACUGUGACAUGGGGGAGCCAGAGAAACGAGGGAGUGAGAAGAAGCCUGCAGGCUCAGUGUCUCCCCCUGCUGGCAGUCCUGCCCCCUCCUCCACCACCACUCCCUCCUCCUCCUCCAUCCGUACAGCCUGCCUGCCCUACUCACCUGCCUUUAAUGUGCUGCUACAGUGCCUGAAGAUGGAGACAGAUUGGAAGGUGUUGAAGCUGGUACUAGAGAAGAUGUCCUGGACCCUGCAGUAUAAAGUCCUGCUGCUGUCCUCUCCCUGCAGCAUAGACCAGCUCUGUUCUACACUCUGUUCUAUGGUGACAGACCGUCUUAUCUCAGAGCGUCUGAAGAAGACUCCAGAUGGUUUCAGUCGUACUGAUGUCCAGCUGGCUGUAGUACCUGUUCUCACUGCUAUCACAUCAUACCACAACUACCUAGAACAGGCCAGACAGAGGGAGUUGGUUCAGUGUCUGGAGGCAGGGCUGAUAUACCGCUGUGCUAAGCAGUGUGUGGUUGCCCUGACAAUGUGCACCGUGGAGAUGCCUGACAUCAUGGUUAAACUCCUCCCCGCCCUCAUCGUCAAGCUGACGCACAUCUCGGCAACCGUCGCCAUGGCGUCGCCCAUGCUGGAAUUCCUGUCCACUCUGGUGCGGCUGCCACAUCUCUAUGCUUACUUUGUAGCAGAGCAGUACGUCAGUGUGUUCGCCAUCUCCCUGCCCUACACCAACCCCUCCAAGUUUAACCAGUACAUUGUGUCGUUGGCUCACCAUGUCAUCUCCAUGUGGUUUAUCCGCUGCAGACUCACCUUCAGAAAGGAUUUUGUGCAGUACAUCACCAAGGGUCUGCGCUCUAAUGCUCUGAUGCCGUUUGAUGACACCCAGGACACUCAGAGCAGCUUCCGUGCUCGCAGCACCAGCCUCAAUGAGAGGCCCAAGAGUCUACGGGCAGCCAAAAUGGCGAAGGCCCACCUCCAGCAGCAGCAGGCGUCAAUGGCAGCGGGCGUAGCGGCGAGUACCGGCUCUCCCGUUAAAGAGCUGAGAGAUCUGUCGGCCAUGGACGCCUUCCGCUCCCGAAGCAUCAGCGUCUCCGAGCACGCGGUGCGCAGGAUGCACACCUCCAGCACCACGUGUAGUCUGGGUUCUUCUGAUGAGAACCCCGUGAGCCAGGCAGACGAUGGGUUAAAGACUGUCCACCUGGAGUUAACUGAGACCUGUCUGGACAUGAUGGCUAGAUACGUCUUCUCCAACUUCUCAGCCCUGCCCAAGAGGUCUCCUAUAGCAGAGUUCCUUCGCGGGGGUCGCAGUAUGACCUGGCUGGUGGGUAACAAGCUGAUCACCAUAACGACCAGCGGUGGGGUCAGGAGCCAGGCCCUACUGGGAAUGGACAUGGCUGAGAGGCUGGGAGGAGGGGAGAGAUGACCAGGUAACCACCCCCACACACACACACGGUCAGACCCCUCCCUUCACACCCGUCAGACCAAAGAGGCUCCGGCCAAACUGGAGUCCCAGUCCAGUCAACAGCUCAACAGAGCCUCACGCAUCAGAGUCCGAUCCAUGUCAGGUGGUCAUGCUCUCCGUGCAGGUCCAGCCCAGAGCCUCAGCCCCCUGGUCUCACCCUCUGAGGGGGGAGAGCUGUGUGGUGUCCCCCUCUCUCCCCCUUCCUCCUCCUCCGGACCCUGUCUGGAUGGCCUGGGGCCCCCCUCUCCCUCUCCCUGUGCCCCCCCUAAGGACCCCCUCAAAGACAAGCCCAGCCUGGCAGAGUUCCUGCCCGUUCUGACCCAGGGAUGGGCCGAAAUCUUCAUACGCAGACCCUCAGGUAACACCAGCUGGUUGAUGUGUCUGGAGAAUCCUCCCAGUCCCUUCUCCUCUGAGCUGGGUAACAUGCCUCUCCAGGAGCUGUCCUCUGUCCUCAUGGCCAUGGAGGGGUCAAGGAGCCCCCACCCAGACCGCCAGCGCCCCCGCCAGCACAGCCACCCCUGCACCGACCCCGUAGCCCUUAACCCCUGGACCCAUCCAAGGGGCCCAGUACAGCUCCCCCACCCAGUCACCACCGGUACAGCAGCUCCCCCAGUCACCACCGGUACAGCAGCUCCCCCCAGUCACCACCGGUACAGCAGCUCCCCCCAGUCACCACCACCGGUACAGCAGCUCCCCCCAGUCACCACCACCGGUACAGCAGCUCCCCCCAGUCACCACCACCGGUACAGCAGCUCCCCCAGUCACCACCACCGGUACAGCAGCUCCCCCAGUCACCACCACCGGUACAGCAGCUCCCCCCAGUCACCACCACCGGUACAGCAGCUCCCCCCAGUCACCACCACCGGUACAGCAGCUCCCCCAGUCACCACCACCGGUACAGCAGCUCCCCCAGUCACCACCACCGGUACAGCAGCUCCCCCAGUCACCACCACCGGUACAGCAGCUCCCCCAGUCACCACCACCGGUACAGCAGCUCCCCCAGUCACCACCACCG